GAGAAUUUUGGAAAUUACAAAGAUUUUGGGGGAAAAAUUGAUAAGACCCAAAGAAAAAAAAAAACAAAAGAGAGAGAAACGCCAUGUCGUAGAAGCAAGAACACCCUGGACCACGUCGCGUUGAGAAGGCAAAGAGAGCAUCCGAGGCUCUCAGACCCGUCAUCCAUCCUCUUUCUACCCCAAGACUUUCUUCCACACGAAGCAAACAAACCAAAAUCCCCGUUUUUCUCAAACCGUUUUCUCUUCAAUUCCUUUUUUUGCCUAACACUGCUACUGUAUCCGAUCCGUCGCUGAUCUUCAAGUUGAUUUAAAGGACCUAUAAAAUUUGCUUUUGUGGGUCUGGACGCAUUUGGAGUUGUAAUCUAGAGAUGAGUCACAGAGGGUUAAUAUAUAGCUUUGUUGCAAAAGGAACUGUUGUUUUAGCAGAGCACACAUCUUUCUCUGGCAACUUUAGUACCAUUGCUGUUCAAUGCUUACAGAAACUACCUUCAAAUAGCAGCAAGUAUACAUAUUCAUGUGAUGGAUACACCUUUAACUUCCUGAUUGACAAUGGAUUCGUUUUCCUUGUUGUUGCGGAUGAAUCCACUGGGAGGAGUGUGCCCUUCGUGUUUCUUGAACGAGUGAAGGAUGAUUUCAAACAAAGGUAUGGAGAAAGCAUUAAAAGUGAAGGUGCACACCCGCUUGCAGAUGAAGAUGAUGACGAUGACUACUUAUUUGAAGACCGAUUUAGCAUUGCAUACAAUCUUGAUAGAGAAUUUGGGCCGAGGCUUAAGGAGCACAUGCAAUACUGCAUGGAGCAUCCUGAAGAAAUAAGUAAGCUUUCCAAAUUAAAGGCUCAAAUUACUGAGGUCAAGGGCAUUAUGAUGGACAAUAUUGAGAAGGUUUUGGAUCGUGGGGAGAGGAUUGAACUUCUGGUGGACAAAACAGAAAACCUGCAGUUUCAGGCUGACAGCUUUCAGAGGCAAGGAAGGCAGCUUCGAAGAAAAAUGUGGCUGCAGAAUCUCCAGAUGAAGCUGAUGAUAGUAGGAGCAAUCCUUAUAGUAAUUCUCAUAUUGUGGCUUAUUGCUUGUGGAGGUUUCUCAUGUUGAUUUGUCAACAAAGCAAUGCUGGAAUCCCUAAUAUGAAAUAUGGAUUAGCUGUUUCUCUUUACUCUGGUGUACAAAAUGUUAGUGUUCCUGUAUAUGGAAACCCUUGACAGUCUAGAAACUUGUGACUUUAUUCGACCAUGUAAUUAAAAUCUCUGUACUGCCUAUUGCGUUUUGAUUUAAAGGACAUCAUUUGAUGAAGAAUAUGUUAUGUUGUUUUUUAAUAUGAUAAUAAAUGUUCUUUGACUUA